CUUCACAUGCUGGCAUCACCCAGACUCACCUUUUCAAUUCUCGCUCUUUCCUGAUCUCAGAUUUCCUCUUUUCCGUUUUCAAAGUUUUGAGUCUUGUCCUCAUUUUCCUACCUACUCUACCUUGGUGAUUUCUCUUAUCCCUCGUAAAAAUAGAAAAAUCUUCUUUUCUCGCAAUCAUUAUGCAACGGAAAUGAACUUUUCUAUGUAAAUUAUUGGACUGCUAUGAUAUAAACAAGCCAAUUUGCUCAAGCGAUUCUUGCACAGAAGGUGUUUGAGAAAUUUACUGUUCGUGUCAGUCACAAUUCUCAGUUCUGCUUCGUUCUUCAUGCCAAAUGCCAAUUUUUGUCUCCUGGAGAAUAUGAAAAUUUUCUCGGUUUCUUCGUUUUUCUUGUUCUCUACAAUCAUUCUUGCUCUUCUUGGUCCGAUUUCAACGGCAAAAUUGAUCACAAGCGAGAGAAGAAUUCUUUUCCAGGCUGAGAGGUUGCUUGAGUAUCCUCAGGUUCUUAGAGGAUGGAGGAAAUGGACCAACUUCUGCUAUCUCCCUCCGUCACCUUCUCUCAAGAUUGUCUGCUCCAACGGCCAUGUGACUGAAUUAACCAUUGUUGGGGACAAGGUCUCGUCAUCAUCUUCUCAAACUCUUUCAGAAAGAUUCUCCAUUGAUUCUUUCUUCACUGUGUUGACGAAACUGUCAAGUUUGAAGGUACUGUCACUUGUGUCUUUAGGCUUGUGGGGUCCUUUGCCUGCCAAGAUAGACAGGUUCUGGUCACUUGAAGUUCUGAACAUUAGCUCAAAUCACAUAGAUGGUGAAAUCCCAUCAUCAAUCCGUUUUAUAAAAAGUCUCAGGGUUCUGAAUCUGGCUGAUAAUUUGUUCAAUGGCAGUGUCCCAGAUCUGAAAGCACUAGCUUUUCUUGAAGAACUUAAUCUGGGUGAAAACAAACUGGGUUCUGAAUUCCCCUCACUGGGUAACAAUCUUGUUAGAAUUAUCCUGAAAUACAAUUCUUUUAGGUUUCAGAUUCCCUCCAGAAUCAUGUAUUUUCACAAACUUGAAGAAUUUGACAUCUCUUCCAAUGAAUUUUCUGGACCCAUCCCACCUUCUCUGUUCUCUCUUCCUUCCAUUGUCCACAUAAACUUAGCUCAAAACCAGCUUACUGGUGACUCCUCUGUGAACAUAAACUGUAGUUCAAAGCUAACAUUUGUGAAUCUCUCGGACAACCUUUUAAUGGGGAAAUUUCCACCUUGUUUUGGAUCAUCAAAGUCCUCAAAUCGCACGGUGUUGUAUUCUGGGAACUGCUUUUCAGCUAGAAGCUUAACAGGCAUGCAUCAACAUCCAUCUUCAUACUGUAUUAAGGAGAAGGCCAUAGCUGUGAAGCCUGUGGAGAGAAGCCAGAAGAAGGAGACAGGUAUGAGAAUUCUUGCAACCAUUGGAGUCAUUGGAGGUUCUGUUGGAUUCGCUGUGAUUCUGUCACUGUUCAUUGUGUUCGUAUGGAGGAAGUGCAAAGAAGACAGAGCAGAUGAUGAUAAAGAUUUAGACAGAUCUGCUACUCAUAAGCUCCGAAGACCAAACAUUGAUUCAAGACGUGUUCCUCAGACAAUGAGGCUAUCUGCACUUGGACUCCCACCAUACAGAAUUUUCUCAUCAGAGGACAUUGAAGAAGCAACAAACAACUUUGAUCCAUCAAAUCUAAUAUCAGAAGGAUCUAAAGGCAAGAUAUAUAAAGGUUGGCUCAGUGAUGGUUCAGAGGUCCUUUUCAACUGUGUAGAAGUAACACACAAGAAUUUGACCCAAAGUCUGAUGAAGAAACACAUAGAGGUGUUACCCUGUCUGAGGCACAGACAUUUGGUAAGUGUGCUAGGACACUGUAUCAUUACUCCUCAAGACCAUUCUCAACCAAGAAGCACAGUCUUCAUUGUCCUUGAGCGCUUUUCAAAUGGGUCAUUGAGAUAUCAUCUUUCAGAUUUGAGAAAGAAGCAAGUGCUGAAAUGGCCACAGAGAAUGGCAAUAAGCAUAGGAAUUGCAAGAGGGACCCAGUUCUUGCACACAGGGGUUGUUCCUGGCAUAUUUGGCAACGAUUUAAAGAUUGACAACAUUUUGCUAGAUGAUAAUCUCAACCCAAAAGUUAGUGGAUAUAAUAUUCCAUUGCUAUAUAAGAAUGGUUUUGAGAGUACUCUUCUUGAGCAAAGUGGCCCCCAUCAUGGCGCAAGAACUGAUCCAGCAGCAGAAAAAGAAGACAUUUAUCAGUUGGGCGUUAUUCUUCUUGAAGUUAUUACUGGCAAACGGCUUUCCUCUUCCAGUGAAAUAGAGGAUUUGAAAGAUGAGUUGGAGAGAGGAUUAUCAGAAGCAGCAUCAACACUGAGAAGUGCAAUAGAUCCAACCAUCCAAGGAACUUAUGCAUAUGAAUCACUAAGGACUGCAAUUCAAAUCACAAUCAACUGUCUAUGUGAGGUUCCAAAUAAGCGACCUUCAAUAGAGGAUGUCCUUUGGAACUUGCAGUAUUCACUACAAGUACAAGAGUCAUGGACCAGCAGUGGAAACCUUGGUACAAAGUUUUAGUUUCCCUCUCAAUAUAUAUAACUUGUCUGAUGGAUAUGUUCAUAAGAUUAUGGAUCAGGAACAAUAAAUGGUUAUGUAUCAUGUAAAUCUCUUCCUGCCAGGCUAAAAUAAUCCGGAGUGUGGCCCUGCAUUUUUCAAUAUUAUCUUUUUCCUGAUU